UUCCCAGCAGCCUCUGCGAUUCGAUUAGACUCUUCCGGGAGGACCCUCCCCUCAACUCCGAUUGGCCAGUUCCAGGAGGACACGUGAUAGUGUGGCCUAGCUGUGGGAAGAUGGCGGAACCGUCCAGCGUCUCUCCGGAAAAUGCCUGGGUUGAGUCUUCUUUUAGUGACAACGGGCUAGAUCCUGCACUCUUCGUUGAAAGCAGGAGAAAAGGGAGUAUUGUAUCAAGAGCUAACAGCAUUGGCUCAACCAGUGCCUCUUCAGUACCAAAUACAGAUGAUGAAGACUCAGAUUACCAACAGGAAACCUACAAAGAAACGUAUAAGGACCGUCGUCGACGUGCACACACACAGGCUGAGCAGAAGCGAAGGGAUGCCAUCAAAAAAGGCUAUGAUGAUUUGCAAGCGAUUGUACCGACAUGCCAGCAUCAGGAUUUCUCAUUAGGUUCUCAGAAGCUAAGCAAGGCGAUUGUGUUGCAAAAGACCAUUGAUUAUAUUCAAUUCUUGCACAAGGAAAAGAAGAAGCAGGAGGAAGAAGUCACUACGCUUCGGAAAGAUGUGAUGGCGUUGAAAAUUAUGAAAAUAAAUUAUGAGCAGAUUGUUAAAGCUCACCAGGACAAUCCAAAUGAAGGCAAAAACCAGGUCUCUGAUCAGGUGAAGUUCAACGUUUUCCAAGGAAUCAUGGACUCCUUGUUCCAGUCCUUCAAUGCCUCCAUCUCCGUGACAAGUUUUCAGGAGCUCUCAGCAUGUGUCUUCAGCUGGAUAGAAGAGCACUGCAAACCACAGACCUUACGAGACAUUGUCAUUGGUGUCUUGCAACAAUUGAAGAGCCAGCUCUACUGACCCCAUGAAGACAGUUUAGGACAUUGCAUCUUGGAACUAUGUGGCCAGGCUUGGAUUUUGCCAUUAAUUCUUCUUCAAGCUUUUUAUGGGACUACUGGUUGUGAUUAGUUUCAGCCUGACUCAAGUUAGCAGGAAGUUAGCUGUCUAUUGAUGAAAAUCAACUGCUGCUGUACUCAAUUUCAGGUCUUGGCCCUGUUCAGCAGUUUGAUCCAGCUUGUCUGAUAGAAAUCUGUAGCACAGCAACCAUGUGGUUUAAAAUGAGCUUAGCUCUUUUCGUAAGGACACAGAAGUACUGGGACCUCAGCUGUCUUUAGACUUACUUCCCUUCUUCUUAGAGCAGCAGCUGAGCUUAUAAAUUCUUGGUACUAAAAUGCUGAACUUGGUUAGCUAGGUUGGGAAGCUGAAAGUUGGGCUGUUCAGGUACAGAGACUUAGUUGACACACAAUGAGCUUGCAUAGCAUUUGCUUUGAAUUAAGGGCUGAUUUAUGCAACAAACUGCUGUUUUGCAUACUGCCUUUUGUUAGCCCUGCAGAGGAGCAAUAAUCCAUGGUAUUUCAAAAGCCAUUGAAAGUCCUAGGUAACCUACAGCCCAAUUUCUUAGUGUCCUUAUUGAAUUGCUGGACCUACUCACAGGCACAGUUUGCCUUCGAUGUACACAAGAGUCCAAAUAAAUCCAUAGAUUGUUAGUACAGGAUACAGACUUGCAUACUUAGUAAUGCAGUAAAGUGAGCCUAAGCCAAUCCUCCUCUGCAACUUCUGCUUCUUAACUAAAAAGAAUGUUGUCAUUUUUAAAAUAAACACUUCUUUCUGGCUCUGCUGCUGGUUGGUGGAGAAGGACACUGGUUUAGAAAAACCUCACUUAUGAAAAUUAAACUAUUUUUUUAUCAUAACAAGCAACAAGCAAUUCUAAUAAAUUUUGCUAAGUGUUUCAGUUAUGUUGGUGUUCUUGCUUGGUUUGUUUUAAAGUAUACAGUGCCAUGGCAAAAAUGCUAGAAAAUCUCUGGUACUUAAUGCAUCUGAAAACUUAACAUAGGAGCACUUCCCACUCUUUAGUUAAAUCAUAUAUAUGUGGAGUAAUCUAACAACAAUCAGCUCAAGAAUCAAACUAGCAUAAGAGAUAAUACAGCUAUACUCCAUAACAAAACUCUUCAUAAAAAACUUCUGUUAACUCUGAAAGUGACCUCUUUGUGUUAUCUCAUCACCUGACAAAAUUAUCUUUCUUUCCUCCUUCCACUACAUAUAUAGUUUGAGGGGGGAAAUGAAUCCAAGUAGCAGAGGAACUGCUUGCAUUACACUUUCCCAAUAUUGGGUAGAUUCUGUCAGUCAUCCCUGAUUUGAUCUGUCUUUGCUAUUUUUUUAUCCGAAUUCUAGUUUCAAAGCCACUGUUUUACCUUGUAUGCCCUUGAACUGGACAUCCAGAAAAGGUGAUUAAAUCAGGACUCAGAAUCAGCAUUAAUUUAAUGGGCACAAUAUAUUCUGUAUAUUAUAAGAAAAAAUGAUAACAUCAGAUUAUUUCAAGUAUUUAUUUUCUGUUUUUCCCCUGUGAACAAUUUUCUCAAGCGCUUCUUGGUAACCCUGUGUAAUGAAGCUAAAAGCUUUCCAAACAAAACAGUAAUCAGCCUGACAGGCCUGAGGAGAGAUGUUGGAAGAGAGAAAUAAUAGUGCAGUAGGCAGGUUCUGCUGAUUUUCACUGAAUGCAAUAUUCUUUCAAAAAUAUACAGCAAUGUAGAAUACGGAGGACUGAAACUGGAGUGCUAUGUAGACAAUAUCAUAAAAUAGCUGGGCUCCUGGUUCAGAUAGUAGGUAAAGUGACAUUGAAAUCCUCAUCUGUCUCAAUGCCAACCUCCUC